AUGGCACAAACAUCUCUUCAGAAUACCUUCCUUACUAUCAGGAAAGCUACAAACCUAAAGAUUACAACCAGCUGCUGUGGCAAAAUGCUCAGACACAAACAUCUUAACCAGAGAAGCAGUUUAUUCUGCCUCGCAACUGAAGAGGGACAGUCCACCACAGGACAGAAGUCAGGGCAUCAAAAGCUCGAACCAGCUCCUCACGUUGCACGCAUAAUCAGGAGCCAGAGAACGGUGACCGUAAGCAUGCCGCUACUCCACUCCCUUUCAGCGAAUGCUGAAGCACAGCCAGACAGAGCAUGCGUGGAAUGGUGCGGCCCACAGUUGGCAGGACUCCCCACCUUAGUCAGUGCCGUCAAGAUCCCUGUGGCGCUUCCCAAAGCAUUAAGAAAAGCCAAUCCCGGUGUCCUUUCUUCCUGUGUCCGCCGCCUGCCCAUGGCCUUUGCGCCGCUACCGCGACUUCCCACUCUGGCCUUGUACGGGCUGCUCAGCACCACUUUCUGUCCUGAGGGAAUCCGCAGGAGACUGGGAACUCUGCAGCCUGCCUUGGCCCUCGCGAAGGUGCCUGGAAGGGUCACACAUUUGUGCCGCCAGUACAGUGACGCACCCCCACUAACAUUAGAGGGGAUCAAAGAUAGAGUUCUGUAUGUCUUGAAACUCUACUACAAGAUUGGCCCGGAAAAGCUCUCAGUAAAUUCCCACUUUAUGAAGGACCUGGGCUUAGACAGUUUGGACCAAGUGGAGAUUAUUAUGGCCAUGGAAGACGAAUUUGGGUUUGAAAUUCCUGAUAUAGAUGCAGAGAAGUUAAUGUGUCCACAAGAAAUUGUAGAUUACAUUGCAGAUAGGAAGGGUGUGUAUGAAUAAAUUACCAGAGCCACCUUCCUCACUGAGAGGACUCCGAGGACACACCAAUGGUGGCUGACCAA